AUGAUAUCACAAUUCAAAGAGCAGCAAGUAGGGGACUACGUUUCAGCGAGCGCGCUCAUGUUUCGCCGCGUGGCCGCGCGGAGGCGUUGGAGGCUGGGAACGGAUAUCGGCACCGAACGAACUCGUAUAACGAUGUGCAACUUCAUACAGAGGGUUGGCUCGCUUUCAAAACGACGGAGGUCGAUGUUUUCUCAUGGAGGAUUCAUACAGUUAGGAGUGAAGACAAUUUACGAGUGGGCAAAGACAGAGCAGAGGAGGUACACACUCGGGUUCAUAGCAAUGGGAGGCUCUUGCAGUAUUCUUGGGAUCCCUUCUCCCAAAGGCCCCAAUACAGUGGGUUGCACAGAUUUCAUGAUGGAUCACACGGCAAAGGGCAGCUUCUUCAGGCUUUACUAUCCGUGUCAAGAGACCGACAGGGCCGAGAAACCCAACUGGGUCCCAUGCAGGGAGUACUUUAACGGUCUUGCAGACUUCAUGAAGAUUAAACGAAGCCUCGGCGAAAGGAUUUUCAACUACCUCUUUGGGUCCUACAAGAUCCCAGCCUACACGGAUGCUCCAUUUAAAUCUAGUGAAAAGUGUCCUGUGGUUAUUUUCUCCCAUGGCCUCGGAGCCUUCAGGACUCUGUAUUCAGCUAUAUGUGUGGAGCUGGCCUCUCAGGGCUUCAUCGUGGCAUCCGUGGAACACAGGGAUGAGUCAGCCUCAGCCACUUACUACUACCGUGAGAAGACGGAGUCAGAGAAGGCUGGCGAGAACGGUCCGAAAAGCUCAGCGUCAGCCCGAGACGACCUGGUGCAGGAGUGGAUGUACUACAGAGCCCUGAAGCACCGAGAGAGCGAAUUCCCCCUGAGAAACAACCAGGUGAAACAAAGAGCAAAUGAAUGCAUUCUGGCUCUGGAUAGACUCACCGCAAUCAACGCCGGAGUGGCGGUGCAGAACGUUUUGCGGACACAGUUCGACUGGACAACGCUGGAGAACUCCAUGGAUCUGUGCAGGACGGCUGUGGUAGGACAUUCCUUUGGGGGAGCGACGGUUAUCGAAGCUCUGUGCAAGGAAGUUAAAUUUAAGUGUGGAGUUGCCCUCGACGCCUGGAUGUUCCCUUUAGACGACGACAUCUUUCCCCACGUGAAGCAACCGGUGUUUUUCAUCAACUCCGAGAAGUUCCAGUGGGCGGGGAACAUCAGCCGCAUGAGGAAGCUGGACUCCACCGUCAUACAGAGGAAAAUGAUAACCAUCAGAGGUACGGUCCACCAGAGCUUUCCAGACUUCACCUUCCUGACGACAAACUGGAUCGGGAAGCUGCUGAAACUGAAGGGAGAGAUCGACCCGGUGAUCGCCAUGGACCUGUGCAACAAAGCCACCUUGGCUUUUCUACAGCGGCACCUUGGUCUGGAGAAGAGCUUCAAUCAGUGGGACCCUCUGAUCGAUGGAGAAGAUGACAACCUUAUCCAGGGAACUAAUGUAACUGUGCUUCAGUCUGCUAUGUGA